AUGAUGGCCAUCAGGCGUCGACUGGCGACCACGUUUCCCCAACCGCAGUCGGUGGUCAGGGCGCAGGCGUGCCAUCUCCAUCUGGCGCCGCCAUUUUUGCUCGACAGCUACGUGCCGCGCUAUCAGACGCUGAGCGCUCGUGAUGCUGCUCUAAAGCGUUCCAAAGCGUACGCUCAUCUGCGGAAUUGCAACCUUUGCCCCCGAUUGUGUGGCGUGAACCGUUUCGAGACGACGGGCAUGUGUCUCAUCGGAGCCACGGCCAAGGUCAAUGUCAUAGGUCCUCAUUUCGGCGAGGAACCGUGCAUACAGGGGCACAAUGGCAGCGGCGCCGUCUUUAUGAGCGGCUGCAACCUGCGCUGCGUCUUUUGCCAAAACCACGACAUUUCCCACCAGCGCAACGGCAUGGACUUGACGCCAGAGGAGCUGGGUGAGUGGUACCUGAAGCUGCAGACCGUCGGCAACGUGCACAACAUCAACAUUGUCACCCCCGAGCACGUCGCGCCACAGGUCGCCCUCAGCAUCCUGCACGCGCGGGAGCUGGGGCUCAACGUCCCCAUUGUCUACAACACGUCGAGCUUCGACUCGAUGGCAUCGCUGGAGCUGAUGGACGGGCUAGUGGAUAUUUACCUGGCGGACUUUAAGGUGUGGGAGCCCGCCACGUCCAGACGUCUGCUCAAGUCGGAUGACUACGCCGCAACGGCCAGGGAAAGCGUCAAGGCCAUGCAUGCACAGGUGGGCGACCUGUGCUUUACCGGCGACGGCAUCGCGAAACAAGGGCUUCUCAUCCGCCAUCUCGUAAUGCCGGGACGGGAGCACGAAGGUGUGGAAAUUAUGAAGUACCUCGCGUCCGACGUCUCGAGGGACUGCUUCGUCAACAUCAUGGAGCAGUACGCUCCGCGAGCGCAUGUAGGGAAAACGAGGCGCGGCAAGUCUGGCAAGUCUGGUGGCGGCGGCGAGCUGAGGUACCAAGACAUCAAUAGGCCGGUGAAUCAAGGUGAGGUAGCGUCGGUACGUGACGCUGCAGAGAAGGUUGGAUUGUGGCGUUUCAACGAACCUCCUAAGCACGAUGGGUUUGCCAUCUAG